AUGCUUGAAGAUGCAACUUCAUUCAUUAUAUCACAAUUCGUUUGGUUCUCACAGAAAUUGCUCUUCAAGGCACCCUCGACGCCUGUUGAGCAAGGGUUGUUAUGGCGCAUCGAAUAUUCCGAAUUCACUCGGUGGUCGAUGUACCUCAGUGCCCGAGUAUUAAAAGAUAUGACGAAUGGUAUAAAUAGCCAAAAGUAUGUCGGCUGGAUCUUCCGGUUCGGCCAGCAAAUGCUGGAACCAUCUACCGCAACCGAACCAGCAUCAUCGAUGGAAGGGCGAUUGGGUGGACUGCAUGAUGUUGGUAGCUUACCUAGGAUUUAUCGUAUCUGGGACGUCAGUCGGUACUCUCUAUUUCGACAGUGCACGCCUACGUUCUUGCGAUUAGCAAAACUAUCCCCCGAAAUUUGGCCGAGUGAUUUUGCUAUCUCCAUCUCAAAGGCUACUCAAAGCCGAUAUGAAAUCAUUAAGUUCAUCGUAAACGACACAAUUAUUGCUAUGAUUCUCGGUAUAGCUCCUGUGAUCCAUUAUGAUACCACUCCGGAUGCGACGGUAGGAGGCCAAGUAGCGUUCUCGAAUGGUGUAUGGAAUUCCUUCGGAGAUUCUAUCUGGACUCCGGUUGUAGGGAAUACUGGCGAGCCAACGAAGGACAUCGCGAGGGUCGCCGUGCAGGAAGCCUGGCGUCAGGCAGCUCUGAUAUCCUUUUUUAUGGGAAUGAAGGAGGUGAAUUCGGCGGACCGUCGGGUGCAAGCAGCAGUUCGACAAGUUGUCCAACUCGGGAAUACGAUCGAAGCCGGAAGCCCGCUGGAGCGACAUUUACUGAUACCAUGUGUACUUGCGGGAGUUGCCGCUUGUCAAGAGAAACAUCGCGCCAGCUUACGUAGUAAAUUGACCAACAACUCGUUCCUACGUGAAAUUACAAUGGUCUUGCGAAUUUCUGAGUUUGUGGUAGUAUUGGAUCAUCUUUGGCAUGGUGCAGGAAAAGGUGGAAGCCCGGUCACAUGGGAGGAUUACGUGCAAUCUCGUUGUGCAACUAUACCGAUCUCAUAUUGA